AUGAAAGCCAACAUCCCUCUCACAAAAGACCUCCUGCACCCCUCUCCCGAGGAGCAAAAACAGAGACACAAGAAACACCUGGUGCAGAGUCCAAACUCGUAUUUCAUAGACGUAAAGUGCCCGGGGUGCUAUAAAAUCACCACUGUCUUCAGCCACGUGGUCCUCUGUGUCCGAUGCUCUACUGUACUCUGUCAGCCUACUAGAGGUAAGGCAAGACUUACGGAAGGAUACUCCUUCAGAUGGAAGCAGAACUAA